AUGACCAACGCAUCAGCUGCCGUUCCGACCUUCCUUGAGAGAUUGACGUCCUACCCGCUGGUGAAGUACAGCUGCGAGACGACGCUCCACUUCUACAAUGAGGCCAAGGAGAAGAAUAACUACGUCAAGCGUGGCCUCGAGCUUGCCGAGACUUCAGUGGGCACCGUAGCCGCUUCACCUCUGGUGUUGAACGUGAGCAAGUCGUGCGAGCCUCUUUUGGCCAAGGCUGACCAGUUUGGCUGCAGCCAGCUUGACCGAGCCGAAGUCAGCAUCUUCAAGCCGGCCGCACAGCUGUACACGACCGCCAACGCCACCCUCGCUUCGAGCAAGAAGAUCGUCGAGGAGAAGGUCGCCGACAGUAAGAAGCUUGUUACCGAGAAAGUGGUCCAGCCCAUCAGCGCCACCUACCAGCACCUGGUGGCUCUCCCCACGGUGCUCACCAACCAGGUGUUCGACUUUGCCCAAGACUCGGUCGACUACUACCUCCCCGAAGAGGCCGACAGCGAAAAGGACGCCAGCCUUGCGCAAGCCGAGGAGGCGGUCCCGCAGCCGCAGGAGGCUAACAACAACGUCAUCAAGACGAAGAGCACCACGCUCACCCAGUGCGCCUACCGCCGUGUGCAGCGCAAGGCAUCCCACCGCGUGCGCAUCGCCAGGCUCUAUGGCGAAAGCGUCCUCACCAAGUCGCCCCUUGCGGUGAGCGUCGUCAACUACGUCAGGACGCGUGAUCCCGAGAUCAGGGACAACCUGGUUCAGCAGGCCAAGGCUACUGCCACUUACUACACGGACAAGACCAAGGGCUUCGUCGCUGAGAGGCCGCUCUUCAAGCAGGCGACUGCCUUUGUUGAGCCUUACCUCGCCAAUCUCUCGUACCAGUCCUUCUAUUCGCUCCUGCUGACUCUCCUCGCUACCGUUGCCCCGACCAAGAGCGCCGAGCAGCAAUCCACCGCAACCUCUUCAUCAUCCUCCGCCGCUGUCGAGACUGAAUCCGCCGAAGAGAAGGGCAACACCGACGACACCGACGGAAUCGAAGAGGAGGAAGAGAAUGGAGAGGAGGAGACUUCGGGUCCCGCCGAGCCCGAGCACCCCAGUGACGAGGAGGAAGAGGAAAAGGUGCAGAAGAACGUGGACGAUGACGACCUCGCCGAGGACGUGGCGGAGCACGACGAGCGCCCGCAGGCCAAAGCUGACCAGCUUAUCGACGACGACGGCGACGAUGACGACGAUGACGAAGUCACCGUAGACUACUGA